AGCAGAGGGUGGAGACUCUGGGUUCUUGCCUUCUCGCAAGGGCCCCAGCCCGAAGGAUGCUGGGCGGAGCCAGGCUAACUGCUGCAAAGAGUGGCUGGCUGCUAGGAGCUGCUCAGUCUUCCUGCGGGGGAAGGACAGAGACUGACAUGGCGCAGGUGAAGCGUCUGGCUGGCCUCAUCCUGGCCAUCACUCUUCUUCAAGGUAAGGGCCCAUUAGGGGGUCUGGUAGCCUGGAGAAGGACUCAAAGGAAGAGGCCAUCACCAGGAGGACAAGAAUAUUUGUCAAUUGGUCAACUGGUCAACAAAUAUGGGUACUAUGGCCCAGUUGAAACAAGACAGACUGUGGUUUUUCCCUUUUCAGAAAAACGUUUGAUAAGUGUGGAUGACAAUCGAGAAGAUGGUUCAGUACUUCUGAUUUGUGACUCAAAAGAUGCAAAAAUCAAAUGGUGGAAAGAUGGGGAGGAAAUGACAAAUAUAAGUGGAAAGACAUGGAAUCUGGGAUAUAGUAUGAAGGAUCCUCGAGGGAUAUACACAUGUGGAGAAUCAAAGCAAAACCAAACUCUCCAAGUGUAUUAUAGAAUGUGUCAGAACUGCCUUGAGCUGAGUGCAGCCACUGUGUCGGGCUUUGUUUUUGCUGAAAUCAUUAGCAUUUUCUUCCUUGCUGUUGGGGUCUACUUCAUUGCUGGACAGGAUGGAGUUCGCCAGUCAAGAGCUUCAGACAAGCAGACUCUGUUGUCCGACGACCAGCUCUACCAGCCUCUCAAGGAUCGGGAAGAUGACCAUUACAGCCACCUUCAAGGAAACCAACUGAGGAAGCAUUGAGCUCAAGACUCAGAGCAAUCCAGGUGUUCUCCCUUCUAUCCUGUUCUCAGAAACAGAGCAAUACGUUUUGGAGUGCUCCUAGCAGAGAAACUUUCAGCCCUAAAUCUAGACUCAAGGUUCCCGGAGGUGACAAAUGGAGAAGAAAGGCCAUCAGAGCAAAUUUAGGCUUUUCUCAAAAUAAAAUAAAAGUAAUGUGAAAACAUGUAUGGUGUUUCAGGAGCGCCACCUAUUGGGAGGUAAUAUUUUUGUAAAAGAAAAAUGAAAAGGUCAAAUAACCCCUCUGUUUGAAUAUAAUUUUUUCUUUUAAUUUUUAUUUAGUUUUUGUAUAGGUCAUAAUUCACAUAGUUCAAAUAUGCAGUGAAAGUUCUCCCUACACCUCCAUCACCCAGUUGCCCUCUCCAGGGGCAAAAAAUAUACUAGUUUCUUAAAUAUCCUUAUAAGAUAAUAAGGUAUUAUAUAUCAGAGGUAUUCUAGGCACACAUAAGCAAAUUCUCAAGAACACAUUGUUUUCUCUUCCCCUAUUUUUCACACAAAUGGUAUCAUACUAUACAUCUUUUACCUAAUAAAACCUGAAGAUUAUUUCAUAC